CUCCCCCGCCCGCCGCCCUCGCUGUCCCCCGGGCGGCCGGAGACGGCGGCGGCGUCUGCGGGAAGCCGUGUCUCCGCAGUGACGUGGGCGGGCCGCGGGGCCGGGUGACGUCAGAGGCUGUGUGUAGCGAUGUGUGUGGGGUUCGGAGCGGCGCCGGCACAGCGAAGGCGGCUGGCGAGCGGCGGUGACGGCGGGCACAGAUCAAUUAAAAGAAGGAUGAACUGUAAUCCCUGAAGAUAACUGGGCAGCCUUUUCAUUUAGUGUGUAGUGUGCUUAGUUACAGAAGUUCAGGUGGAGCCAGGCUCUCCCUACUGGUUUGCAGAUUUAGACAAAUCUUCAAUUUGUCAGCACAGAGCAACUCACCACCAUUUUCAGUGAAGAUACCUGCCUCGUUUUUUUUUGGUGUUCUUGGCAAAAAUUAAAUCCGUUGCAUCAUUGUAACUCAUGUUUGGGUGUAGUUUUAGGAUAGAGUAAUGGCAUAAACUUGCCAUAUGCUUUGCUUUAAAAAAAAAACAAACCCACCAAACUCAACUGUUACACCAAACCUUGCUCAUCUUGAAUUGAGAAAUUAGCUUUAUUUUAAUAGAAAUAUUUGAAGUGCUCAAGAAAACAACGUUUUCCUCAGAAGUGUGCUUAUGAUUAAAUUCUUUAUCAUUAGAAACAAACUGAGAAGUUUUGUAGUAUCUUCGAUUAUAUCCUAAGGUAUAACUAAAACCAAAAGUUGUAUAAAUCUAUUCAGAAAACUCAUCCUUGGAAACUAAAGAUUUCUAAGUGAGUCCUAAGUAUUUGUAUACCCUUUUCAAAUUAGCAUCUGAGCACAACAUGCCAAUUGCAGACAUAGUUAUUUAAGAUACCAGUGCAGCCAUGGAAAACCUACAGGCCAAAUUCUCCUUGGUCCAGGGUCCAAAUAAAAAGUUGAGUGAGAUGGAGGAUGAUGGCAGUCCUCCUGUGAAAAAGAUGAUGACGGACAUUCAUGCCAACGGGAAGACGCUGGCCAAGGUGAAAGAGGAGCACUUGGAUGACUAUGGUGAUGGGGCAGUGGCUGCCGAUGGCCAGCAUGCUAAGCGAAGCUGCACUUCCAUCCCUGAGACUCUCAACUUAAACCCCAGUCUGAAACACACGCUGGCACAAUUCCAUUUAAGUAGUCAGAGCUCCCUGGGUGGACCAGCAGCAUUUUCUGCUCGAUAUUCCCAAGAAAGCAUGUCCCCAACGGUGUUCCUGCCUCUUCCGUCUCCUCAGGUUCUCCCUGGUCCCCUUCUCAUUCCUUCUGACAGCUCCACGGAGCUCACUCAGACUGUUCUGGAAGGGGAGUCUAUUUCUUGUUUUCAAGUUGGAGGAGAAAAGAGACUCUGCUUGCCACAAGUCUUAAAUUCUGUUCUCCGAGAGUUUUCACUCCAGCAAAUCAACACAGUGUGUGAUGAGCUGUACAUCUACUGUUCAAGGUGUACUUCAGACCAGCUUCAUAUCUUAAAGGUCCUCGGGAUACUUCCAUUCAACGCCCCAUCUUGUGGGCUCAUCACGUUGACUGAUGCGCAAAGACUCUGCAAUGCUUUACUGCGGCCGCGAACUUUUCCUCAAAAUGGUAGCAUGCUUCCUGCUAAAAGUUCCUGGGCGCAGUUAAAGGAAACUGGCAGUGCCUUUGAAGUGGAGCACGAAUGCCUGGGCAAAUGUCAGGGUCUCUUUGCACCCCAGUUUUAUGUCCAGCCCGAUGCCCCCUGUAUCCAGUGUCUGGAAUGCUGUGGGAUGUUUGCACCCCAGACAUUUGUCAUGCAUUCUCACAGGUCACCUGACAAGAGGACUUGCCACUGGGGCUUUGAGUCGGCCAAGUGGCACUGUUACCUUCACGUGAACCAAAAAUACCUAGGGACGCCCGAGGAAAAGAAACUGAAGAUAAUUUUAGAAGAAAUGAAGGAGAAAUUUAGCGUGAGGAAUGGAAAGAGAACCCAAUCAAAGACAGAGCUGCCGUCAGGAAUGGAAUUGCCAUCAUGGUAUCCCGUUAUAAAACAGGAAGGUGGCCAUGUUUCUCAGCCGCAUUCGUUUUUACACCCCAGCUAUUACUUGUACAUGUGUGAUAAGGUGGUUGCCCCGAAUGUGUCACUCACAUCUGCUGUGCCCCAGUCUAAAGAGGUCACCAAGACAGAGACAAGUAAGUCCACCUCCAAACAGGCAGGAAAGCCUCAUGAUAGUAGUAAACACCAGAACACAGUGUCUUACCCAGACGUCUCACUUGAGGAACAGGAGAAAAUGGAUUUAAAAACAAGUAGAGAAUUGUACAGUUGUGUAGACUCAUCAAAGUCAAAUAAUUCUACAAGUAAAAAGAAAUCUGAGCCUACUGUUAGCAACUUAGUAAGAGACAUGAGCAAGCGCGAUGCCGAAGCUUCCUCUCCACUUCUGGUCAGAGAUGUUACUUGUGAAGAUGACAAGGGAAAAAUUAUGGAAGAUGUGAUGAGAACCUACGUCAAACAGCAGGAGAAGCUGAAUUCAAUCCUGCAAAAGAAGCAGCAGCUUCAGAUGGAGGUGGAGAUGCUGAGCAGCUCAAAGGCGAUGAAGGAGCUCACUGAGGAGCAGCAGAAUCUGCAGAAAGAGCUUGAGUCUUUGCAGAGUGAGCACGCUCAGAGGAUGGAGGAAUUUUAUGUUGAGCAGAGAGACUUAGAGAGAAAGCUGGAGCAGGUGAUGAAACAGCAGUGUGCCUGUGACUCAAACAGAGAGGAGGACAAAGAGGCUGAGUAUGCGGCACAGUUGGCAGAGCUGAGGCAAAGACUAGAUCAUGCUGAGGCCGACAGGCAAGAACUCCAAGAUGAGCUGCGGCAGGAGCGCGAGGCCAGGCAGAAGCUAGAGAUGAUGAUCAAGGAGCUGAGGCUGCAGAUGGUGACGUCAUCACAGAGCGCCAAGGACUAGGGGGAGGCCGAUUGGAUUUGGCUGACAGGGCUUGGGUUGUCACUUGCUUUAAAAAUUGAAUUCUAACAUCUUAUCUGCAUGAAGAUAACUAGGCAUUCUGUUCAUUUAUAGGGCAGCAAACGUGAAGAUUAUAUAUUAGUACAUAAAUUUUUUCAUUUUCCAAAUGAAUGAAAAUGUAUGCUUCUUUGUAUUUUUUCUAGUUGGCUUGGUAAUGAUUACCUAUGUAUUUUGACCUUUAGACAGUCUACCUGUGUUUCUAAGACAAGCCAAACAGUUACAUACUUUCCAAAUCUGUAUUAUGUGGUGGGAAAUACCCUGUCAAUUUUGUUGUGUGUAUUUCAGGCUUGAGUUUAGAUACAGAGGUAACGUUUGACGCAGAGCGCCUCACUCUGCCUGCU